GGAAGGACGAUCUCGCCACCUCUUGAACUUGGUGGUGGCAGCGCAGGGAUGGCGGCGGGGAUGGGGGCUCCGGGACGCGGCGGCCCCGGCAUGGACGCCCGGCUGGACCAGGAGACGGCCCGGUGGCUGCGAUGGGACAAGAAUCCCUUAACUUUGGAGUCAGUGAAACAACUAAUUGCAGAAGGUAAUAAAGAAGAACUGCAGAAAUGUUUUGGGGCUCGAAUGGAGUUUGGGACAGCUGGCCUCCGAGGUGCUAUGGGAGCAGGAAUUUCUUGUAUGAAUGACUUGACCAUCAUCCAGACUACACAGGGAUUUUGUAGAUACCUGGAAAAGCAAUUCAGUGACCUUAAGCAAAGAGGUGUUGUGAUCAGCUAUGAUGCUCGAGCCCAUCCGGCAAGUGGAGGCAGCAGCAGAAGAUUCGCCCGACUUGCUGCCACUACGUUUAUCACCCAGGGGAUUCCUGUGUACCUCUUUUCUGAUAUAACCCCAACCCCCUUUGUGCCCUACACAGUAUCACAUUUGAAACUUUGUGCUGGAAUCAUGAUAACUGCCUCUCACAAUCCAAAGCAGGAUAAUGGUUACAAGGUCUACUGGGAUAACGGGGCUCAGAUCAUCUCUCCUCAUGAUAAAGGGAUUUCCCAGGCUAUUGAAGAAAAUCUAGAGCCAUGGCCUCAAGCUUGGGACGAUUCUGUAAUCAAUGGCAGUCCACUCUUUCAUGACCCAAGUGCUUCCAUCAAUAAGGACUACUUUGAAGACCUUAAAAAAUACUGUUUUCACAGGGCUGUGAACAGGGAGACCAAGGUGAAGUUUGUGCACACCUCCGUCCAUGGCGUGGGUCACAGCUUCGUGCAGUCGGCUUUCAAGGCUUUUGACUUUGUUCCUCCCGAGGCUGUUCCCGAACAGAAGGAUCCCGAUCCUGAGUUCCCAACAGUGAGAUACCCAAAUCCUGAAGAGGGUAAAGGUGUCUUGACUUUGUCUUUUGCUUUGGCUGACAAAACCACGGCCAAAAUUGUUUUAGCAAACGACCCAGAUGCUGACAGACUUGCUGUGGCAGAAAAGCAAGACAGUGGUGAAUGGAAAGUGUUUUCAGGCAACGAGUUGGGGGCCCUCUUGGGCUGGUGGCUCUUUACUUCUUGGAAAGAAAAGAACCAAGAUCACAGCGCCCUCAAAGACACAUAUAUGUUGUCCAGCACCGUCUCCUCCAAAAUCCUGCAGGCCAUUGCCUUAAAGGAGGGCUUUCACUUCGAGGAAACAUUAACUGGCUUUAAGUGGAUGGGAAACCGAGCCAAACAGCUAAUAGACCAGGGGAAAAAUGUCUUAUUUGCUUUUGAAGAAGCUAUUGGAUAUAUGUGCUGCCCUUUCGUUCUGGACAAAGAUGGAGUCAGUGCCGCCGUCAUAAGUGCAGAGUUGGCCAGCUUUCUAGCAACCAAGAAUUUGUCUUUGUCUCAGCAGCUAAAGGCCAUCUAUGUUGAGUAUGGCUACCAUAUCACCAAAGCUUCGUAUUUUAUCUGCCACGAUCAAGGCACUAUUAAAAAAUUAUUUGAAAACCUUAGAAACUACGAUGGGAAGAAUAAUUAUCCAAAAACUUGUGGCAAAUUUGAAAUUUCUGGUAUUAGGGACCUUACAACUGGCUAUGAUGAUAGCCAACCUGAUAAAAAAGCUGUUCUCCCUACUAGUAAAAGCAGUCAAAUGAUCACCUUUACCUUUGCUAAUGGAGGUGUGGCCACCAUUCGGACCAGUGGGACAGAGCCCAAAAUCAAGUACUAUUCUGAACUGUGCGCCCCCCCUGGAAAUAGUGAUCCCGACCAGCUGAAGAAAGAACUAAAUGAACUAGUCAGUGCUAUUGAAGAACAUUUUUUCCAGCCACAAAAGUAUAACCUGCAGCCAAAAGGAGAGUAAACUAUCCCAGCCUUGGGCCUAAUUACACUUCCCUACAAUUAAGCUGAACUUGAUUUCUUAAGCAAUGUUUUUGUGGGCUAAAUAAUUUAAACUAUUGCUACAAGUAUUCAUAUUUUUUUAAUAGACCUACAUUCCUCCUUGUUUUAUGUUUGAACUUUUAAGGGUAAUAAAGAAAGAUGGUCAAAUCUAACAAACCAACAUUCCUGUUAAAAGGUUGAGCAUCAUCUGAAUUUAAAAAAUGAAGAUUUUGGGGCUUCCCUGGUGGCGCAGUGGUUGAGAGUCCGCCUGCCGAUGCAGGGGACAUGGGUUCAUGCCCCGGUCCGGGAGGAUCCCACAUGCCACGGAGCGGCUGGGCCCGUGAACCAUGGCCACUGAGCCUGUGCGUCUGGAGCCUGUGCUCCACAACGGGAGAGGCCACAACAGCGAGAGGCCCGCGUACCGCAAAAAAAACAAAACCAUAAAAAAUGAAGAUUUUAAAAAUAACUAACCUUCAAAAAUAUAUUGUAAUUAAUAUGCUUUCAUUAGAAUAAAUACCAAAUAUGUUUCUUCUCUAAAAUUCAUUUUAUGUGUAAGUAAAACAGCCAGAAAGCCUACACGUAUUACUAAAUUCUGGGCUGUCCUAUGUAAAAGAUAGCCACUUCUACAUAUAUGUGUAUUUACAUUUCUGUCAAUUGCUUAUAAAGUAAAAUAGAUGAACAGAUCAAAUGUUGUGUUUAGGGAAAAUACAAUUCACAGGAACCUAUAAAGUAGAGCAAAAGAUACUUUAAAAAGAUCGUUUUUUGAUCUAAAACUUUAAUUCUAAUAAUGCACCAUUAUACAUUGUGUAUGUGCUAGGAAAAAAGAGCUUAACCAUCUUUGUUCACUGUGUUAACAUUCACUUUAUCUCUUUAAAUCUUGAAUGAAACAAUUGGUUAUUUGAAACUUGCAAAGUAGAUUAUUGUAGUUUUUUGCUUUAACACAAUUCAGUGUAGUUUUGGUCCUAAAGCAGCAAGGACUCUAAAACAGUGACUACCUGACCUUGAUUUUUUUUGCCUUGUUCUUAAUGUGAUCACAAUCUAAAACUAGGCUUCUCCAGGUUCGUUACUUAAUCUGCGCCUCCUCAUAAUUGAUGGCCUUAAAACCUUCCAAAAUGACUCCCAUUGAGUACCCAUGACUGAGGACCAAACUGUUCUUUAUAUACUUUAUCUAUUUUGUGUGAUUUUUUAUUUUUAAAGCAAAUGAUUGCCUAUACUCUUACUAACUUAAAUGGUUAUUAACAGUUUCAGAACAAUGAAAAAUGACAGUACCAUUGACAAUCAUGUUUCUAAUGUAAAGGAAAGAAUAUUUGUAUAUCCGAGUGAUACAUAGUUUGUCCCCUACCAGAUCUCUUAAAUGUACAAUAUUCAAUAUAUUCUAUCAGCUGCUUCAUUGUAAAAGCUAUAUUUAUUUUUGUUUUCUAGCCUUAAAGUGUACUCUGGGAAAGAGAAACUUUAGAUUUGUGUCCUCUCUACAUUUUUGUGAGCACAUAAAUUGUACCCCAUCACAGAGUUUGUUUCUGGAAAUGCGAAUGUAAUUAAGAUCCAGUCCUGCUUGAUGGAGCUCAGGGUCUAAUUGGAGGGCUGAUAAGUAACUACAGUACUUAACACGUUCUAUAAUUGAGUUAUCUGCAAAGUACUCAGAGUUGAGGAUUGUGAGAGAGGGAUUCAUUCUGCCCAGAGGAAGCUUCACCUUCAGGGGCAAGUAGCAGCUGGAGAUGGAGGAGGAAGUCUUCCAGGCACAGAGCACAGCAUUAGCAAAAGCCUGGAGGCACUGGGGUGUGUGUGUGCAGUCCUGGACGGAGGUGGGGAGAUGGUGAAAACAGAACCCAGAUGUAAACUUCAGGACCUGCCCCACUUCCCUCAUGUGAGUGGGUGAUUCAGUUGGACCUAGAGGAGAUCCUCCAGCAAGUAUUUCUUGUUAUUGAGGGAUGCAGGGUAGCAACGUGUGGUGCAUAAAGCUUGCACCAUGAGGACCCUGCAUUCUAGUCUUGGUCCACGGGGAGCCAGCUCUGUGACCUUAGUCAGGUCACUUAGCCUGUCAAAAGUCUCCAUUUUGUUAUUUUUUAAGACUUUGGGUUUUUUUAGGGCAGUGCUAGGUUCACAGCAAAAUUGAAGGAAGGUACAAAGAUAUCCCGUACCCACCCUGCCCCCACCCCAUGCACAGCCUCCCCAUUAUCGACACCCCACCAGAGGGGUGCAUUUGUUACUAUUGAUGGACCUAUAGUUAACACAUCAUUAUCAUCCAAACUGUGGAAACAAGAAAAAGGUCAAUGAAUUGCCAGGGGGCAAGGGGGAAGGAGAGAUGAAUAGGCAGAGCACAGAGGAUUUUUAUGGCAGUAAAAAACAUUUUCUGCGUGAUACUGUAAUAGUGAAUACAUGUCGUUAUACAUUUGUCCUAAUCCAUAGAAUAUACAACACCAAGAGUGAAUACUAAUGUAAACUGUGGACUUUGGGUGAUAAUUUUGUCAUUUUUAAAAUAAACUUUACUAAAUGGUCUCUGAGGUCAUAUCAUGCUGCAGGUCUUUAAAUUAUAUAAAAAUCCAUUAAGGGCACCAUCAGCAAUCAUAAAUCAUUGGCAGUUCUCUUUGGCAGAAUGCUUAACUAGCCCUCUUAAAAGACCUAACAUCUGAGAUGGGGGGAAAACGCUUUUUACCGAAGAGACAGGCAGCCGUGUGUUCCUAUCCUGCCUUACCUUGCAGCCUGAAGGGAGGGGUGCUGAAAUUGGGGAUGAGGAAGACAGAACCACGUGACAUGCAGACGCCAGGAAAUGUUCUGCAGGGGAGGAAGGCAGUGGUGGGGACGGAGCGCCGUGUAGCAGCCCCCUCUGCCUUCUCAUAUCUAAACUGCUUGGGGAAGACUGUCCAGUUUGAGUGUAGAGGUGGCAGCCCAUUUUCUCUUGGUGCCUAGAAAGAACAAAUUCCAAAUUAAGUCUGAGAGACUGACUUGCAGGAGGAAAUGCAAGCCAACUGUUUUAUUUAUUUUUCCUCAUGGUGUCUCUAUGAAAUAAACACCUUUAUUCUUUCCUCUAAGAAACAUUGGCAGUAGCUGUCAUUAGCUCAUCGGUUUAACUCAAUCAUCAUGCUAUUAAGGGACGGUAUUGUUAUUUCUUGACAUUAGAAACAUGGUUUUAAAUUUUUUUAAUUAAUUUUUUUAUUUUUGGCCGCGUUGGGUCUUCAUUGCUGCACGCGGGCUUUCUCUUAGUUGUGGCGAGCGGGAGCUACUCUUCGUUGCGGGCUUCUCAUUGCGGUGGCUUCUCUUGUUGUGGAGCAUGGGCUCUAGGCACGCGGGCUUCAGUAGUUGUGGCACGUGGGCUCAGUAGUUGUGGCUUGCGGGCUCUAGAGCGCCGGCUCAGUAGUUGUGGCAUACGGGCGCAUUUGCUCCUUGGCAUGUGGGAUCUUCUCGGACCAGGGAUCAAACCCAUGUCCCCUGCAUUGGCAGGCGGAUUCCUAACCACUGCACCACCAGGGAAGUCCCUGGAGACAUGGUUUUAAAAAUAAAUGCUUUAAGUGACGGAAAACGUGAAUAUGCCCUCCUUUUAAGGGAUUUUGAAAGAAUGGCAUCUAAAUCAUAUUUAUAAUUUCUACUUCCUAAAAGACUACAUCCUGAGACUUAUUUGUGCAUUCGUUCAUAUGUCCACUGACUGAGUCAUGCUUGAAUUUUGCUAUGAGUCAGGCACUUUUCUGGAUACGGAUAAUAAACAGGAUUUGUGACCUCAAACUUCGCCUAGCAGAGGAAAUCACAUGUACACAUCAGAUUGCUGCAUUGCAAUAGUAAAGCAUUUGAAAUAUGGGCAAACCACUCUGUAAUGUCCCCUUUUGGACUUGUCUUUUUCAAGAACACCAAGUUCAAACUCCUACCAUUUUUGUUCAAAACAGUUUGACUCUGGGGGGCUGUUUGAAUGCCAUUUUCCUGCAUCGUCCCUCUGUCCUGUUCUUGCUACCAACAUACUUUGUGUAGAGUAACCCAACUAUUGAAAGCAAGAUGUCACACUCUUGGGCAGACGGGAAGCAAAGUUUAAAAUAACGCCACUUUGAUAGACUUCUCCAUGUAAGCACAGUGCGGUAACUUCGACUCACUGGAGGAGAAAGACAGCUGCCUGGAGAGAUGAGGUCCUCGGACAUAAGCGCAGGGUGAGCAGGGUGGAGAGCACUGUUGGGGAAUCUGGUUUCUGUUGCCUUGGCUUCCUUGUGUAGGUCCCUGAAUUUAAAAUUUUCGGAACAGCUAAUUUUCGGAACAGUUCGCGCCCAGUGAAAGCCACUUUGGUGUUUGGUGCAAACCUAGUCCAGAAUGGAGCUGGGCACACAGACCAAAGAGCCAGCUCCAGGUCAAAUAAGCAUUUGAAACCAUUUCAAAAUAGCAUUGUGCAACUUCCAAAGGGAAGUUAGGGUUGCAGUUUACAGAGAUGAUGAGGCCUAACUGUGUUCUUAAAAUACAUUGUUCUGAACUAUUUCACCUUAACUAUUUUUUUUUACAAAUCUCUAGGUGGCAACAGUGAAAUGUAGCUCCAUAUCUGAUAAAGGUUCCUAAAUCAAAAGUAAAUGUUAUGCCCAUCAUCGGAUGAAUGGAUAA